GUUUUCAUUCGGAAUCGUCGCUGUGCGAAAGAGAUAGAGAGAGCGCGCGCAAGGAGGGAAAGCACUGUACUUGGCGUCGCCCGACUUGUCUGUGCCUCUACACAGCUCCCUCGCCGCGUCUUUUAUCGCUCUUGCCCACCACAACCGACGGCCGGCCGAGACUCUGAGUUUUUUCUUUCCUGUUUUUCCUUCUUUACCUUUUCACAGAUUCUUCUUUUAUUUACUAUUAUCUUUCGUUCUCCUAAACUGGUGUGUCCGUCAGUGUUUGCUGAGGUGGUUUGCGCUCGCACCGAGUUCGCAUCGCCAUAUUGUUUUAAUAUACUGUUCUUGUUAUUCGCCCCCCUUACUUUUCCUCCUCUUCCCCCCCCCCCCUACGUGUUUUGGUAGCAACGAAUAUAACCAUUCACUGUUCACACUUACUUCUAUUCUGUGAGGUCUGCUGAUUGUUGGUGGUGGCUGUUCGGCGUUGUUCCCUCAUCGAACAUCUUUGCCGCCGUUGAUCGCUGCGCAGCGUACGAGGCAGACAGCUCGUGAGGUAGGCAGAGGAGAAGAAGGGAAACGAAAGGGAACAAGGUCAGCAGUUAAGACACAAGGAAAUAAGAGGCAAUGAAAUCCUCGUCGCAUCAGCUGAUGAUGCUGCGCCGCGCCGUGUCCGCCGCGAUGCUCCGCGCACCGCUCGCCAACUCCGCGACACACACCAACGCGGUCAACGUGCCGUCCUCUGCGCUGGGCGGGCCCGCGGCUACGGCUGCGCUGCACGGCCACCGUCGCUGGCAGUCCAGCGGAGGCGGCCCCUCCAAGGAUCUUUACACCGUCCUCGGCGUCGCUCGCAACGCCACACCGGAGCAGAUCAAAUCGGCAUACAAGAAGCGGGCCAAGGCGCUGCACCCCGACGUGAACCCGAGUCCCACCGCAGCGGAGGACUUCGCCGAGGCAAAGCAGGCCUACGAGACGCUCUCGGAUCCGCAAAAGCGCAGCAUGUACGACAUGACGGGCAACGCGAACGCCGGCGCGGGUGGCCCCGGCGGCUUUAACCCUUUCGGCGGCGGCGCCAACCCGUUUGCGGCGGGGGGAAACCCCUUCGCAAACAUGGCCGGCCAGGGCGGGCAGGGCGGCUUCUCCUUUAACGACUUCGAGGAGAUCUUCCAGAAGAUGAGCGGCAGCGGCAAGGACAAGACACGCAAGCCGCAGGGACCCGAGCCUGGGGCGGACAUCCACUACAAACUGACGCUCUCGUUCCUCGAGGCGGUCAACGGGUGCCAGAAGGAGAUCAGCUACAACACCAUGCGGCGCUGCGGGGCCUGCACCGGCAGCGGCUUCCAGGACACCGGGUCCCGCACGAAGUGCCCCCACUGCGGGGGACGCGGCAAGAAGGUGAUGUCGACGGGCUUCUUUCACAUGCAGCAGGAUUGCACGCACUGCGGCGGGACCGGCGAGCUGGGCCGCACGACGUGCACGCAAUGCAGCGGCAAAGGCAUCGUUAAAGAUCGCAGUGUGCAGACCCUGCCGGUGCCGAAGGGGGUGGACAACAAGGAACGGCUGAAGGUGACCGGGAAGGGCGAGGCGGGGGUGCGCAACGGGCCGCCGGGCAACCUCUACAUCGAAAUAUCAGUCGAGGAACACCCGGUGUUUCACCGCGAGGGCAGCGACAUACACGUCAUCACGCCGGUGACGCUGUCCACGGCGGUGCUGGGCGGCACCGUGCGGGUGCCAACCCUAACCGGCGAGGUGGAGACGCGGGUGCCGGUAGGGACGCAGCAGGGCGACAAGUUGGUGCUGCGCGGACGUGGGGUGCACCGACCCAACCAGAACAAGACGGGGGACUUCUACAUUCACUUUGCGGUGAUGCUGCCGAAGGAGCUGACGGAGGAGCAAAAGAAGGCGAUCGCCGACUUUGCCAAGGAUGAGAAGCCGCUGAACUUGAAUGAUACCCAGUUGCAGGAGCUGAAGGGCCGCUACCGCUCUUGGUUCUCGCCGUAG